GCUAGUUUAUUUAGUCACUAAUAAUAAAUCCAGAUACACAGUACAAUUCCAAUCAACAACACAAAUUAUGGAGCCACAAAAUACGCCAGGAAUCGUAUCAACAUCAACCUACAGUAUUCUUCAUAAUGACAAAAUUGGAAGAUAUAUGGUCGCAAACAAAGAUUUGGAACCUGGUGAAGAAAUUUUGUCCGAAACUCCAUUCGUAGUUGGACCAAAAGCAUCGACAUAUCCGCUCUGCUUGUCUUGCUACACUUCGUGGCCCCAAGGUCCAGAGCAGUCACUGUGCUCUAGAUGUAGCUGGCCGGUUUGUAAUGAAGACUGUGCUAAUGCCGCGGUUCACAAAGACUACGAGUGCCCGAUAUUUGCUGCGGUGGGUGAAAAGUUCAACGUAUCUGCGGCUUUAGAAGAAGCCAAUGUCACUAGUGUACCUCAGCUAGAAUGUGUAACUCCUCUGAGAUUGCUACUUGCAGCGGAAAAAUUCCCCGAGAGAUGGGAAAAAGAAGUGAAAAUCAUGGAGGCUCAUAAUCAGAAGAGAUGCGUCAAAAAGCAGUGGAAAACUGACCACGUUAACAUCGUCGCCUACUUACGGGAUCGUUUGAAACUCGACAGAUUCUCUGACGAAAUGAUCCAGACAGCCUGUGGAAUUUUGGAAAUAAAUUCCCAUGAGAUUAAGACACCUAUGGGGUUCUCUGCUCGUGCUCUGUAUCCAACAGUUGCUGUCAUGAGCCACAACUGCGUGUCAAAUACCAGCCACAGUGUGUGCACUAGUGACUACAAAGUGGUUUUAAGAACGACACUCAAAGUACCUAAAGGCAAAGAACUUUUUGGAAGUUACACCCACAGUUUAUUGCCAACAUUGAUGAGAAGAGAAAAUUUAUUAGAAGGAAAACAUUUUUCUUGUGCCUGCGCUAGAUGUUCGGAUCCAACGGAACUGGGUACUCACAUGUCGUCACUCAAAUGCAAUAAAUGUGACAAUGGAGUCGUGCUUUCUCUUGAUUCUUUAGACGCAGAAAGUAGUUGGAAGUGUACUCACUGCGAGUUCACAACAUCUGGAGCAGCUGUCAAAAAAGUGUUUGACGUAAUAAAUACAGAGGUAGAAGCCGCUGAAACAUACAACUCAUUAGAUGGUGGGGAUGCUGUGCAUAUUCGCGAGAAUGUUAUGAAAAAAUACCACUCUGUCCUACAUCCGCGGCACGCAUUUCUCACGAUCCUCCGGAUGUCUCUGUCUCAGCUUUACGGGCGAGUCGAAGAAUACAAUCUCGAUGACCUGCCGGACAUCGUUCUCGAGCAUAAAAUCGACAUCUGCAGAUUAUUACUCCAAGUACUGGAUGUCAUUGAACCAGGAUACACUAGAGCAAGAGCUUUAACACUCUACGAGCUUCACGCUCCAUUACUUUUCAUAGCCAAGUCUCAAUGGAACGCCGGUGUAAUAGACGAGGCUGCGUUGAAAUCAAAAAUGACUGAAGCCGCGAGUAUUCUCAAAGAGGCGGUGACCAUUUUAAAUUUUGAACCAUCUGACACAAUGGAAGGACAGCUUGCGGUUGUUGCCAAAGAGUCGUUAACGCAAUUAGAAGAGUCAAUAAAUAAUUUAUAA